AGUUGUAUUUCGUUAUUUUUGCGCGACAGUCGCAUUCGCUUUGGCAUUCGCCUGCGUCGUCUACACGUUCCACACAAUGGGUUGGUUUUUUGCGGUGCUCGGUGCGCUCAUCGCUUUACUGCUAACAAGGUCUUGGCGCUGGUUCUACAUCGCGGGAGCAACAGCCAAACGAGAUUUAACUGCUCUGUGGGCCUAUGGAAAACUGCUGCGUUACACGAAAAAACACGAACGUCUCAACUACACGGUUGCCGAUGUCUUCGAGAGGAACGUUCGUGCGCAUCCGGACAAGGUGGCUGUGAUUAGUGAAACCCAGAAAUGGACAUUCCGUCAGGUCAACGAUCACGCCAAUCGUAUAGCGAACGUACUCCAAGCACAGGGUUAUCAAAAGGGCGAUGUUGUCGGUCUGCUGCUGGAGAACCGUGCGGAAUAUGUUGCCACCUGGUUGGGUCUAUCCAAAAUUGGUGUCAUCACGCCGCUGAUCAAUACGAAUCUUCGUGGUCCAUCGCUGCUGCAUAGCAUCACAGUUGCCCAUUGCAAUGCUCUCAUCUAUGGCGAGGAUUUCAUUGAAGCUGUCGCUGAAGUAACCAAAGAUUUGCCCGCCAAUCUCAAGCUCUUCCAAUACAACAACGAAAACAAUAACACACAAUCGGAGGCCGUUAAGCAGUCUAAGAAUCUAAAUACACUUUUGUCUGCAGCCAGCGCUGAGAAUCCCGGCAAGACUCAAGUGGCACAUCAUGACAAGCUCGUCUAUAUCUACACAUCGGGCACAACGGGUCUACCUAAAGCAGCAGUUAUCUCCCAUUCACGUUAUUUGUUCAUUGCCGCUGGAAUACACUACACGAUGGGCUUCAAGGAUGAUGAUAUUUUUUAUACACCCUUACCCCUAUAUCAUACCGCUGGUGGCAUCAUGUGCAUGGGACAGUCUGUGCUCUUUGGCUCCACAGUGUCCAUAAGAAAGAAGUUCUCGGCCUCUAAUUAUUUUGCGGAUUGCGCCAAGUUUAAUGCGACGGUUGGUCAAUAUAUUGGUGAAAUGGCACGUUAUAUUCUGGCUACCAAAGCCUCUUCCCAUGAUCGUGCUCAUCGUGUGCGUUUGGUGUAUGGAAAUGGAUUGCGUCCACAGAUUUGGCCGCAAUUCGUGGAGCGUUUUAACAUUGCCAAAGUGGGUGAAUUCUAUGGUGCCACCGAGGGCAAUGCGAAUAUUAUGAACCAUGACAAUACAGUGGGCGCUAUUGGUUUUGUAUCCCGCAUAUUACCUAAAGUUUAUCCGAUUUCGAUUAUACGCGCCGAUCCCGAUACUGGUGAGCCCAUAAGGAACAAGGAUGGCCUCUGUGAGCUGUGCGAACCGAACGAACCGGGCGUCUUUAUUGGCAAGAUUGUGAAGGGAAAUCCAUCACGCGAAUUUCUGGGUUAUGUGGAUGCCAAGGCAUCGGCCAAGAAGAUUGUCAAGGAUGUGUUUAAGCAUGGAGAUAUGGCAUUUUUAUCUGGCGAUCUGUUGGUGGCCGAUGAGAAGGGCUAUUUGUACUUUAAGGAUCGCACGGGUGACACAUUCCGCUGGAAGGGCGAAAAUGUGUCCACCAGCGAGGUGGAGGCGCAGGUCAGCAAUGUGGCUGGCUACAAGGACACCGUGGUCUAUGGCGUCACCAUUCCACAUACCGAAGGACGCGCUGGCAUGGCUGCCAUCUAUGAUCCGCAAGGUGAACUCGACUUGGAUGCAUUUGCCGCGAAUCUUGCCAAAGUUCUGCCUGCAUAUGCGCGUCCACAGAUACUGCGACUGCUCACCAAAGUGGAUCUGACGGGCACAUUUAAGUUGCGCAAGGUGGAUCUGCAAAAGGAGGGCUACGAUCCCAACCAGGUCAAGGAUGCACUGUACUAUCAAACACCCAAAGGACGCUACGAGCUGCUUACGCCCACAGCCUACGAGCAGCUGCAGCGCAAUGAGAUUCGAUUUUAAGGAUAAGAAUUAAUUUCUUUUCCUUUUGCCCAAUUAUGCUGUUAAUUAUUUUGUAAGCGACUCCCCAACAACUGGGAGAUUUGAACUAUAAUUAAGGUUGGAUUGCGCAUCCGAGUAUUGCACUUUUUAUUAUAUAUACUAGCAUAUAGUUAAUUUGUGCAUUUUUGAUUUAGAACGCAUUUUGAAUAGUUUUGUAACAGGCUUUCCCCCAAAACUUGUUGUUAAGUGCAUUUUAUGUGAGUGUUUGCGAGAAUGUUAUCAGACUUUUAUUAGCAUCUACAUUUAGAUACAAUUUUAUACUUUUACCUAAUAUAUUUUGCUCUGAUUUUUAUUGUCUGUAAAUAUGAGCCGCCAAUCUGGUUUCUGUCAAUCCUCAAAGUCUACUCCCAUGCUAAUCUAUCAAUAAAAAGUUCUUUAUUAAUUAUUAUUUUA